GGUUCGCGUCGGUUAAAGCGAGACCGUCCCCGCGAGUCUAUCCUGUCCGCUACGCCGUGGACUCCGCUCUGCCUCGCGCUGCCCUGCGCCAGUCGCGCCGCCAUGCGUGCACCGCCAGCAGCGCUCGGCGUCCUCCUGGCCUCGGCCGCCCUCCUCAUAGCCUGCGCUUGGGCAACCGAGGAAGAGGAUGAGGAUGCCAUCCUCGGUUCACUGAAAGAAUGCAGCGAAAAGGUCAAUCCAUCCGAGGAUGAUCUGACAGAGGUGUCCAAAGGAGAUUUAAAAUCGGACAAUGCCAAGACUGUCAUAUCGUGUUGGUUCAUGGGGGCAGGAGUGAUGCGUGAGAAGAUGUUCCAAAAGGACAGGGCAGUUACGUUUCUUCGCGCGCUCACGCCAGGGGAUCCCAAGAAUGACAACGUCGCUCUAAUGAAGAAGUUGGCGGACAAGUGUGACGGCUCAGUCAACACUCUAUCAAUGGCUGACAAGUCGGACGUGGAGGCGGCAGUGAUCAUCUACAACUGCUUGGUGAAGGAGGGGCGCGCGAUGCGGCUGUCGCUAGAAGAGGGCAAUGGUCCAAGCAAUGCUACAUCGUCAUAGACUUGAGAUCAUCACAGGAGCCACUGCUGAGUGCCUGUUCGGAUUAUUGUGUCAGCCGGCCGCACCACGGCGCCGCGGGCGGGCCGCCCUCCCUACUAAGCAGCAGGCUAGGCUGCCUACCUACCGGCGCCUACAUCGUCGCCUAGGGGGGCGCGCACGUGUGUGGGUGUGGAGUUGCAGGAAAUGUCACGAGCAAAGGUUUCCAAUUAAAAGCACUCUUUUAUUGA